AAUCAAACAAGAAAUAUGAACGUUGCUGCUUCCCUAUCAUCCAUCGCCACCGUCCGCUUCCCCAAUUGCCACCGCUGCUUCGGCUUCUCAAAACCCCUAAUUCAAUCUCCGUCGCUUUGGAUAAUGGCCCAAUUCUCGUCAUCGCAAUCUCCCUCCGCGGCGCCGGAAACCGCGGUUGUGGAAGCCAAGGCGCCGCCCAAGCAGCGGUGGCUCAUCGUCGGCCUCGGAAACCCCGGGAAGAAAUACAACAGCACCCGCCACAAUGUGGGUUUUGAGAUGGUGGAUGCCAUUGCUGAAGCUGAAGGGAUACCUAUGAGCAGUGUUUCUUUCAAAGCCCUUGUUGGAAAAGGUCUUAUUGGGGAUGUUCCGGUUAUAUUUGCCAAACCACAAACUUACAUGAAUAAAAGCGGUGAGUCUGUUGGAUCCAUUGUUUCGUAUUACAAGAUUCCAUUGAAGCAAGUACUUGUGAUAUUUGAUGAUCUAGAUCUUCCCUUUGGAAAACUGCGGAUGUUGCCGAAAGGUGGACAUGGAGGACACAAUGGGAUGAGGAGUGUCAUUGAUCACUUUAAAGGGAGUCGAGAUUUUCCUCGUUUAAGAAUCGGCAUUGGACGCCCUCCUGGGAAAAUGGAUCCUGUCAACUUUGUUCUUCGUCCAUUUACUAAACAAGAACAACAGGAGCUGAAUUUUACGUUUCAAGAAGGUGUAGAAGCGGUGCGUAUUCUUUUGCUUGAGGGGUUCAACAAAAGCGCAACUUUUGUUAAUAGUGCCAAACCCUUGGAACAAUGCGGUUAAAUUGCUUCGUCUGUUAUCUUGAGACUCGUAUUAUUUCAAGGUUUCUCAAUUUGGCGAACCAUCAUUGCAUUCAUUCUUUUCUGGUGGUGACGCCGACUCACAAACGCUAGCUGAAGAUUUAUACAGAGCCUCCAUAGGAAUUAUGCGGUCCAGAGUGGUUCCAACGUCCCUUCGCUGAAGGUGCAGCUGCAGCUAUUCAUUUGAUAAGAACUAUCAUACUCUGAGAAUUAGCAUACUUGUAAUUUUAUCAGAAGUUCAUUGUUGCUGUUUUAUUUUUCCCAUUUUUUUUGUUUUACAUAUCUUGGAUCUAUGCAAUUUAUGUAGUCUGAAUCUUUUCUUAUCAAAUAAAUUUUAGCUAUUUAAAUGCUUUUUCCAA